AUGGACCAGAUGAGUCCUUCUGCUUCAGAGGGAGGCUCUUCCCCACCGCUGCGUCCCGAACUCACUUCAGCUGCUAGAGUGAGCUUCCUCCAUCCUGGAGCAGGAUCGGACACUACGGUCAGGUUUCCAGGGAUAAAACCAAAACUGAGCCCAAAGCCUCUUGUUCUUCCUCCGGUUCCUGCAGUUCCAGUCAUAGCCCCCAGCAAGCCACGGCAGCCGCACACCAGCUGGGUGCACAGCGCCAAACAGAAAGAGGAAGCUGGUGCUCAGAACAGAGCAAACGAAAGCAGGAGACCUGAACGGACGUCUUUUCUGUCUGCUGUGAUUGAGCGCACCUCAAAGCUGUAUGGAGACACAUACACACCUGGGCUGCAUCACAGCUCCUCAAGGGAGACACCUGCCAUGGAGAACGCUGAUGUGACAUCAUUUCCUGAUGUGAAAGGCAGUGAGGCUUCAGCAAAGACACAGUGUUUUGCAACACAAACAGCCAUGAUGCCUUCGGCCAGGCUUAGACCUGCAGUUCCUGUGAAGGGUGAAGCAUUUGAUCGAGUCAGCAGCUCCUCUACACACGCAGAAAUUGUCGCCAAAGCCAAGUACGAGUUUCUCUUUGGAAAGACCGAAGACUCAAGCUCAUCAGAUAGCGCUUUAGUGGCAGUGGUGGUCAUGAUGAAACCUGUUUCAGAAGUGAUCAUGAGUCACAAAGCUCUGAGUUUCCUUAGUUUCCUUGUUCGUUCAAAAAUGCCAAAGAAACCAACAGCUCAGCAGUGA